CGGUAGAACUGUCAAAAUAAUCACAACAAACCAAACGUCAAAACGUGCGUAUAACCUCACUUUAUUAGUGAGUGAAACGUAAAUAACGCGUGAAUUAGUGAAAUAUGGAUGAUUUACAAUUGAAUAUAUCGGUGCCUAAAAAGGAUAAGAAAAAACCAAGUGCGCCACAGAACAAUGCAGGCGAAUACAAAUUCGUUUCUAAUCCAAAGUUCACUGGGAAGACAAUAGCCAGGAAACGACCUCAAAACUUAGCUCAAGCCAAUCGUGCUAUAUUAAAAAAUGCUGAAGGGCCACCGAAAAAAGUGGCAAAAGUAGCACCUCCAGCAGUGGACAAAUCUGAUGAUUUAGGGGCAAAACUACGUGACCUGAGUGAGAACAAAGGUAAAUAUGAAGGCAAGAACUACCAGGAACUCAGUGACAAUAUACAAUUAAGACAGAAUAAGCCUCGGAGUGGAGGUUGGAUAUCUUCACUAUUCAAAAAUAACCCACAAGUUCCUCGUAUUGGGCAGCGAGCUGUCAAACCUAUUGUGGAGAAGGUGUUUGCAGGCAAGACCUUCUCUGACCUAGACUUACAUCCUCACAGUGUCGCCAACUUGCAACAAACUCUAGGUUUGAAAGAAUUGAUGACUGUGCAACAGAAUGCAAUACCCGUUAUCUUACAGGGGAGAGAUGUUCUUAUUAGGUCACAGACAGGUUCAGGGAAGACGUUAGCAUAUGCGCUACCAAUCAUAGAAGGUCUGCAGGCCAUAAGGCCGAAGAUAAACAGGAAUGAUGGUAUCCGAGUUAUUGUGGUUGUACCAACCAGGGAACUUGCAGUGCAGACUUAUGAACUGUUCAUAAAGCUAGUCAAGCCUUUCCAUUGGAUUGUGCCUGGUCUGUUGAGUGGAGGACAAAAGAGGAAGGCAGAGAAGGCGCGCCUUAGAAAAGGUAUCAGUGUGUUAGUGGGCACACCAGGACGCAUCAACGACCAUUUGAGACAUACAGCGUCUUUUAACUUUGCUAAAACUGGCUGUUUAGUGUUGGAUGAAGCAGAUCGCUUAUUAGACAUGGGUUACGAGAAAGACGUGGCAGCUAUAGUGAAAGCUAUUGAGGAUCAUAAAAAAGCAGCCACCUACGAUCCCCUAGCGCUAAUGAAACAAAACAUUGUAAAGAAAAUACCAGAUAAUGAUGACAGUAAAGAAGAAUCUGAACACAAUGAAAGUCACGAAGAGAAAGAAGGUGUAAAACAUCAUCUAACUGAAGUGUUUAUGUCUAAAGAAAAGCAAACUGUUUUAUUGUCUGCUACUCUUACUAAGGCCGUUGAAAAUUUAGCAGGGAUCACGCUAGUCGAUCCAGUCUUCGUAGAUACGUCAGAAGGCAAAGCUGUUAUAGCAGAUUCUCUAAAAUCAAAUCAACCUGGACCUAGUGAGCAAAAAACCGAAGUAAAGAAGAAACCGGAGAUAGACAUAGCACCUGAAAAACUUAAACCACAAAAGGCAAAGCCAGAAAAAGUUAAAAAGGAAGAUUCUGAUGAUGAAACGACUUUGCCAGAUGAAGACAAAAAUACAGAAACUAAACGAGGACUAAAAGCCUUUACUGGUCUAAACCACAAAGAUUUAUUCAAGAAAGACGAUGAAGCUGCACCAAGUACGGCUCCAAAAGCUAAUGUCGUACAAAACGAAGAUGACAGUGACAGCGAUUCUGAUUACGAAUACUUCAAAGCACAAAGGGAACAUGAACUUAAAAAUCCUAAAGUUGUGAAAGAAAAUGAAUCAGAAGACGAUAGUGAUAGUGAUGAGGAUGGGAAUGAGGAAGAAGCUACUCCGCAAGUGAAUACUUUCGCUGCAGCAGUUAAAUCAGCAAUAGUGGAGGAUGAGCUAGUACUACCAGCAACAGUGAACCAAACGUUCCUCAUAGUCCCAAUGAAACUAAGGCUUGUUACUUUGUGCGGUCUAAUCGUAGAACACUGCGUAAUGAACAAGAAAGGAGGCAAGAUGAUAGUGUUCGUAGCUACGCUGGAAAUGGUGGACUAUCUCUCGGAUCUUAUAGAUACUGCGCUCACUGGCAAGGAAGUUAAAAAGAAAAAUCAAGAGAAAGGUAAAAAUUCUAAAGCGAAGAAAAGAAAAGCUGAUGAUGGUGAUGAUGAUGAUGAGAAAGACUCAUCAUCAUCAGAGGAUGAAGAUGACUUCAAGGUGGAAUAUGAAGAGCCAACUGAAGGUGGGUUGGUGCCGGUAGACCUGGAUAUGUUCAGCUUGCACGGAUCCAUGCCCCAUGAGCAGAGGAUGGAGGUGUUCAAGCAGUUCCGAACGGCAAGGAGCGGAGUGCUUAUUUGUACGGAUGUAGCUGCCCGAGGAAUUGAUGUGCCUCGAGUGGAUCUCGUUUUGCAGUUCUGCGUUCCAGCAUCAGCCACCGAUUAUGUUCACAGAGUGGGUCGUACGGGACGUGCAGCUCAAGUCGGUGCUGCCGUUCUGUUCUUGUUGCCUAGCGAAGCGAGGUUCAUCAGGCAUUUAGAAGAGAAAAGGAUAAGGUUACGCCAAGGCGACGAGUCCCGUGCUUUAGAAGCGUUGCGUACAGUAGUACCGGCUGCUACCACAGCACAGCGCGCCGCCAUUGCGGUGCAGGCGCGGCUGGAACACACCGCCCAUACUAACAGGGACUGGCUGCUUAGAGCCAGUAGAGCAUACACAUCAUGGGUACGUUUCUACGCGGGCUAUCCUCGUGACGUGCGCGAAUAUUUGGACUCGAAACAACUGCACUUGGGACACGCGGCCAAAGCUUUCGCGCUUCGGGACGCUCCAGGCACGCUAGCUCGGAGGGUCAAGUCCAACCCUAGCAAUAAGAAGGACAGACCUUCCAAUAGACUCACCGUACAUGCUGAUGAAGAGAAGAAACGGCCUGGAUUCCCAAAAGCUAAAUUCGGCGCCGGCAAUCGUAACAUACCGAAACAGAGCUCUAUGCAUACAGCCAGCGAAUUCGACAGCGGCCUGCCUCCCGUCGACCAAUCGCAACCCAAGCACAAGAAAAAGAAGAACAAAUGACAUUUAAAUAACAUAAGUCAUGCGAUUUAAUAUUAAAAAGGACCUUUGUAAAUAAAAACCAUUAACGACGCAGGUA